AUGGAUCAACUGCCCUUCGAGCUGCUUCACUGGAUUUGCAACUCCUUCCAUGACACCAAAGACAUCCAAAACUUUCGACUCGUGAACAAAACUUUCGCUGCUGUCGGUGCAGAGCACUUGCUCCCUGAUGUCCACUUCUUUCUCCACGAAGAUAGCUUCAAGAGGAUGAAAGCUAUAUCUGAGCACCCAAUCAUCAGUCAGCAUGUGGUGUCCCUAUUUUACGAAGCGGACAUUUAUGAUGACCUCAUGAUGGGUUUCGUCGAAUGGGAGUCUCAUGUGGAUUUGCGAAGCUACGUGGACCUGGAUUACGCUUACGUACCCGAUGCGAACAACGACGAGCGUGCGAAGCGUCAUGAGCGGCGUAUGGUCGAGAAGUUCAAUCGGACUCCGCGCCAUCAGCUGAGUAAAGCCGAGCUCAGAAAACACUACCACAUUUAUCAAAGUCUUUGGCAGCAGCAAAAGAGGUUACAAGAAACAGAUCAGGAUUUGGCGUUUAUCACGGAUGCGAUGAAGCAUUUCCCACGGCUAAGGUCGGUCGUUAUGUCAUUUGGCUUUUGGUACAGGACUCGGAGUGAAGCAGUUGAACGAGCGUUCAAGGAAGGUCUAUGCUAUCUACCAGGGGACAGCCCAUACAACGGCUGGACAGAAGGCACACGGCAGCUAAAGGUACUUCUUGAGGCCUCCCUGUUGUCCGACACGAAACUUGAAGCGGUUUUUGCGGGAAGCAUCAGUUGGCAGUUCUUCAGACUGGACGAGGACAUCAUGACCAAGAUGAUCUCGGCCUGUACGUCUCUAACGACGUUGAACCUCAUGCUGUCCACGGGGCGGGAUGAGGAUGGCGAUGAGCUCGGUGUGGAAGCCUCCUGGUGCCGAGAUUUCAUGCGCAGUGGCGUUCUUCGCUCCUUCCUCGAGUGUUUUCCCAACUUGCGACACCUUGAGAUCUCGUUUGACGUCAGUGACGGCCCCAACGACUGCUUUCCAGCGAGGCUGGGGGACGUUAUUGGGGAUGACUACGUCUGGCCGAAUCUGAAGGGGCUUGUCUUGGGACACCUCGAUGACGCCUCGGAAACCCAAAUCUUGGAUAUUCUGAAGAGGCACCGCAGUAGCUUGAGGCAUUUCGGCAUUGAUGCUAUGGCGCUGAACCCGGGCAGUUCGUGGUCGUCACUGCUGUCAAAAAUAAGGGACGUCGUCCAGCUGAAAUCCGCUUGCAUCUGCGGCUCAAUUUCUACUGUCGAUGCGAUGGGGCUGCCGAAAGAAGCCUGGAACAUCACUCCGCUGGACAUUGCUGCCAGAGAUGAGGAGAGGAAAAAAUUAGAAGACUUUGUUCUUAACGGAGGCGAAUGUCCCUUGAAACCGGAUAACAUGGAUUUCAGAUAA